GCCUCGUUCUCCUCUCGACCAAUCAGGAGCGAGUAUUUUUCGCGCUGGUCGGCCGGAGAGUUUGAGUUUCCCGCAAGCUUCUGAUUCAAGCCGAAUGAACUCUUCUUUUAACGGGAUGAAUAUGGGCCCUCUCUCCCUCUAACCACCGAGAGGAGGUGUAACAGCUCAGUGAGCCUGGAGGGGGUUACAUGGGAUGGACAGUAAAGGUAGCUCCCUGCCUUCAAUGCCUGAACCAGCCAACCCGAUCAGCAUGAAGCAGCCUCCGGAGUGCCUCAGUGUACGCAAAGGUGGGGGGGAUAUGAGCAGUGAUCCGACUCUCCUAUUGGACAAAGCUGCUGCCCAGUUAGCCGCCACAGUGCAAGACGGUGUCCUUCAGAAGAUGGCUGGCCACAGUCACAACAACCACAGCCACGAGAGGCUGAAAGACCUCACCUCCCGGGUGCUAAACGGGGACCAGGACACUUUGCCGAAGCUGUGUCCUCCAGAGGCACCGAUGCUGAAGGGUGCCGAAGCGCCCGCUACGAAUGGCACACAUCAGCACAACUGCAGCCCUCACACUGAAGCCGAACUGAAGGUGACGAUACCCCAGGUGGUCAAGCAGCCGCUGUUUGAGCCCAGCUUUGCCAACGGGACCAGCUUUGUUACCACCACAGAGGAGACUAUAUGUGGACCCGAGGAGAGACAGGAUGUGAAGAAAAGGAGGGGAAGACCUCACAAACCAAAACCUCAACCAAACCUUGGUUCCUCUGCCAUCCCUGUAGACCCACUCGACCACACAAAUGCUGUAGAUGAAACUGAAGGGGAAGAAGAGCCUGAUCUCAUCCCGGAGUUGGUGGAUGAGGCCGCUGGAGAGCUAGCGGAUGAGGCCGCUGGAGAGCUAGCGGAUGAGGCCACCGUAGAGCUGGAGGAUGAGGCUGCUGUAGAGAUGACGAAUGAGGCCGCUGUAGAGCAGAUGGAUGAGGCGGCUGUAGAGCAGGUGGAUGAGGCGGCUGUAGAGCGGGUGGAUGAGGCCGCCGUAGAGCAAGUGGAUGAUGUCGCCAUAGAGCUGGCGGAUGAAGCCACCGUAGAGCAGGUGGAUGAGGUGGCUGUAGAGCCAGUAGAUGAGGCCGAAGAGCUGCCUCUGCACAUUUGUUUUUCCGUCGGGGAUUUGGUCUGGACGAAGGUAUCCGGGUAUCCCUGGUGGCCUUGCAUGGUGACCACAGACCCAGAAUGCAACAACCACUUCAAACAGAAAGCAGCCAACAGCAGACUGGGCCUCCUUUACCAUGUGCAGUAUUUCGGAGACGCUCCAGAGAGAGGCUACAUCUUCGAGAAGAAUAUGGUGUCCUUCACUGGGGAGGAUCAAUAUCAGGAGCUGAGCCAAGGCAACAAACAGCUGGCCUCCCGCGUAAUCCACAAAAAGACGGCUCCCUCUGUGCCCCGCAAACUGAAGGCUCAGUGGAACAUGGGCAUCAUUCAGGCCAAGGAGGCCCUCAGCAUGUCACUGGACGAGCGCAUGGCAAACUUUGCAUUUCUGUACGAUGACAACGGGCCUCAUCUCAACCCCCGUAUCCUGGAGAAGUUAAAACCGGAACCAAGUGAAGAGCAAGCUCAGGAAACGAUGUCCAGGCUCAGCCCAGAUCUCCCCUUCCUGCUGGCUGACCCUUCUGACGAUCCCGCGGCCCCAACUCAGUCCACAGACAGCACUUCAUCGGAGGAAGCGGCAGAGGCACCCAGGAAGGAAGUCCAGACGGGAGGAUGGCAGAAAAGGGGCAAAAUCCAUGUGAAUGGAGUCCUCUCACAACAGCAAUUAAACACAGAUUCUCCUGAAGUGGUGCUUCAUCAGCAGACAGACUCAAAGGAUCCAGCCUCUUGCACACCAGAUAUUCAGCCUGAAUCGGUGAUACCUCCGAAGAAGAAGAGGAGAGCCAGACAAGCUCAGUCUACCACAAAGACCGUGAGGAGAAGGAAGAAGAGUGCAACGGACAGCACCUCGGAUCCCAUGAAGAAAAGGAAAUCCAAGCCGGUUUCUUCGACAGAUGAUGUUUCCGAGCCAGUCUCACUUCUAGUUUCAGUUCCAGUUGUGAAGAAAAGGCGCAGGAGAAGGACUCCAGAAGAGAUGCAGCGUGAUGCUGCGGCCAAAAGAGCGCAGAAGUCCACUAAAAGGCCGUUACCAGAGGAUACACCCGACCAGGGUCAGCAGCCGAAAAGGAGGCGUAGAACGAGCAAGACUGCUGAGAAAGAGCCUGCAGCGUCAGAGGUAACAGUGAAAAAGAGGAGACGAAGGACGAAAGCCGAGAUAGCUGCAGAAGAAAUCAAGAAGCAAGGGAAGAGGUCAAAGACUCUCCUCACAGAUGACCAAGGCGCUGAGAAACCAAAGCGUAGGAGGAAAAGGAAACAGGAUGGAGAGAGCCAGGCCCCGCCCACCAAGGCGAAGAAGAGGCGGUCCUCCCUGUGUCCUGACCCUGAGGGUUCUGGGAGUGAGGAACGUCCUGAUUCUCCAAGCGACAGCUUAGACGGGACGAAAAAGGGAGAGCGGAAGAAAGAGUUUGUCUGCCAGACAUGUGAGCAGGCUGGUGAGGACUUGGUCCCCUGUGAAGGCCAGUGCAAUGGCAUGUUUCAUCUCCAAUGCCUCGGCGUCUCUUUCAUGCCUGAAGACAAGCUGCGGUGUCAGGAGUGCAGCUCAGGAAUUCACUCGUGUUUCACCUGCAAGCAGUCAGACGGCACGGUGCGGCGCUGCCACGUUCCACACUGCGGCAAGUUUUACCACGAGGCGUGUAUCAGCCCGAACCCGCUCACUGUGUUCGACAACAAGGGCUUCCGUUGCCCGCUUCACGCCUGCCUGAGCUGCCACUACGGCUCCCGCACCAAGAACAGGUCCACUAAAGGAAGGUUGAUGCGUUGCCUCCGCUGCCCGGUGGCGUACCACAUCGGUGACCAGUGUGUGGCUGCAGGCAGUGAGAUGGUCUCGAACACCGCCUUUAUCUGCACCAACCACUUCCACGCCAAGAAGGGCUACAGCCACCACAGUCACGUCAACGUCAGCUGGUGCUUCGUCUGCUCCAAAGGAGGACAGCUGCUGUGCUGCGAGUCCUGUCCAGCAGCUUUUCACCCUGACUGCUUGAACAUCGCUAUGCCUGAUGGGAGCUGGUUCUGCAACGACUGUCGGGCGGGAAAGAAACCCAAAUACAGAGACAUCAUCUGGGUCAAACUGGGAACAUACAGAUGGUGGCCUGCAGAGAUCCACCACCCCAGAAGCAUCCCCACCAACAUCCAGCACCUUCGACAUGAGAUCGGAGAGUUCCCAGUGUUCUUCUUCGGCUCCAAAGACUACUUCUGGACCCACCAGGGCCGAGUGUUUCCGUACAUGGAGGGAGACAGGGGCAGCAAGCACCAGAGGACCGGCAUCGGCAAAGUCUUCAAGAAUGCUCUGUUGGAGGCUGAAGCUCGGUUCAAGGAGAUCAAAAUCAAACGAGAGGCCAAGGAAGCACAAGAAUACAGCCGGAAACCACCUCCAUAUAAAUUCAUCAAGGUCAACAAACCUGUCGGCAGAGUCCAGGUCUACACCGCUGACAUCUCCGAGAUCCCCAAGUGUAACUGCAAGCCGUCAGUGGAGAGGCCGUGCGGGUUCGAGUCCGAAUGUCUGAACCGCAUGCUGCAGUACGAGUGUCACCCUGAGGUGUGUCCCAGCGGGGCGCGCUGCUGCAACCAGGACUUCACCAAGCGUCUCUACCCGGAGACUAAGAUCAUCAAGACUCCUGGAAAGGGGUGGGGCCUGAUCGCUCUCAGGGACAUCAAGAAGGGUGAGUUUGUGAACGAGUACAUCGGUGAGCUAGUCGACGAGGAGGAGUGUCGGGCGAGGAUCAAGUACGCCCAUGAAAACAACAUCACAGACUUCUACAUGCUCACUAUCGACAAGGACCGGAUCAUUGACGCCGGUCCGAAGGGAAACUACUCUCGCUUCAUGAAUCACAGCUGCCAGCCGAACUGUGAGACGCAGAAGUGGACGGUGAACGGAGACACGCGAGUCGGCCUGUUUGCAGUCUGCGACAUCCCCGCAGGUACCGAGCUGACCUUUAAUUAUAACCUGGAUUGCCUCGGGAAUGAGAAGACUGUGUGUCGCUGCGGCGCCCCAAACUGCAGCGGCUUUCUUGGUGAUCGGCCGAAGCAGAACUCUAAUGGCCAAACAGCCGAUCCAAAAGGGAAGAGGAUGAAGAGAAAGUAUAAGAGGAGAAAAUCUGAGGGGAAGAAGUCUGACGACGAGUGUUUCCGCUGCGGAGACGGAGGGCAGCUGGUGCUCUGUAACAAGAAGGCCUGCACUAAAGCUUAUCACCUGUCCUGCUUGAACCUCACCAAGAGACCCUUCGGCCGCUGGGACUGCCCCUGGCACCACUGUGACGUCUGUGGGAAGAACUCCGAGGCCUUCUGCCAGCUCUGCCCCAACUCCUUCUGCAAGGCCCACCAAGAGGGGGCACUGCGUCCCUGGCCUCCCACGGGCCAGCUGUGCUGUCAGGAGCACGAGGAGCUGGAGGGAACCGACACCCGCGAUCAGGCGGAGCCGACAGCCGCCAUCACUACCAUCUCCGGCCGUUCCUCUAAAGGCUCGAAGAAGGGUGGAGCAGGAGAGGCCAAAACAAAGGGCUCCAGGAGGAAAGCUGCAGAGGCCUAAAGUGACCUUUGACCCCCCUCAGAUUCCCUUAUCACCAAACCAGACUUUGACACCGUCUUCUCUGUUUCGUGGACAAAUAGAAAAACCCUCGUAAUAAUAUCUUUAAGACCACAAAACUCAAGGCACUGUACACCUUCGUUAUCAGGGAAAGCUGCUGAUCUCUCACAUGCCCGGCCUGCAGCCGUCUCCAGCUCGUCGCUCAGACUUCUUUUUGUUUUUGUUCUGUUUUUGAACAUUUCAGGUUUAUUUCUCUUCUCGUCUCCACUGAGACAAACCAUCUGUGGUAAAGCACAAAGCAGCAGAGCGAGCACAGGUCAGGACACUUCAGCUCGUUGGGGUUCAAACCUUUCAUUCUCCCGCCAAACCAAACUGCCUUUCCUUUUUUUUUUUUAAACCUCACUGCUGCGUUUUUGUUUUAUUAUAUUUUAAAAUAAAAGUGGAUCCAGAUCAGAGAGGAAACCUGAAACAGCUCGAGCGGCCUCAUCGUGGGGAGCUUGUCUUGAACCUUAGUCGCCCCCGGACGCUCCCACACGAUGAUCUCAGAGUUUUAUAGCUAUAAAUAUAUAUGUGUGUAUAUCAAAGACCAAAAGUAUGAAUACUGGAAUAGUGUAAGACAUCAAACAGGUUGCCAAAUGGAUUGUUUUUAUUUUUAUAUAUAGUGUAUAUAUGCCAGAUGUAAUAUGGAACACCAAGACACUAUGGAUCGGCCUCAGAUGACCUCUUUGAUUCUACUUUGUAGACUUAGGUUACGUUUAACGUUAGACUUGUUUGCUUUUUUAACGACCUGUCUUCUUUAGCUCAGUUUAACACUUUAGAUUCGAAUAGCUUUUUUAUUUUUUCUGACAUCUGGACGCUGAACGAACUGAGAGGACGAGGAAUAAAGCAUGAAACGGAGAGCGCUCUGAAAAAUAACAUCAGGUAUUCAAACACUACAGGGAGCUGUGUCUGCUCUCUGCUUCAUUUCACAGCGACGAAUCAGAAAGUAAAGGAAAAUGAAGGAACUCCUGUUAUUUUUUUUAGGUUUUCAAAGUUGUUUCAAGUCCCAACUUUUGAGUGUUCAACUUUUUAUUAAAACAUUUGAAAUCUGGGUCACAAACCAUUCUAAUCUUCACACAUCAUACCUACCGCUCUCGCGUCACUGACCAGGGUUUGCUGUUCUUUUUCUGUUGAGCUAAACCUGCAGCUACUUUUAUCCUCAGGAGGGUUUUAGUCUCUAAACUGUAUCACGCCUGGUGCUGAAUUCUUGAACACGGGCUCACAGCACACUGUAACACCUCCUGUUUGGUAUCUUAGGACACAUCACACUCACCUCUCUGCUGUCAGACUCUGGUGCUAUUUUCUCUCAGUGGUCUAAAGAGCUCCCGCUGCUCUUCUUCUUGAGUCUGAGCUGCCCUGACCGGAGUCAUGCAAACGAAUAUUGGAUAAGCAUAGUUCAAUGUGUAUUCAUGUUAAAAUGUGUAGUAGGUUAUAUUUCAGAGAGUUUUCUGCAGCUGGAAGUUCACCUCCAGUAAAGUUCAAUCAUGUGCAGCCAGGGUUUGUUUUACUAAAUGUUCAACGUUAGAGUUUUAUCAUUUUGACUCUUUUACACCAAUCAAACUUAUUUCCAUUCUUACAACUGAUGCAUGAGUGAGCAGCAGUCUUGGAUUAAUCCAGUUCAGAUCCACAAGAUUUUAAUUUUGAGUCUUUUUUUUUUAAAAAGGAGGGGAAAAGCAUCAUUUUGAGACAUGCCUAAAUUCACUUUGAAUGCAAUCAACACAUAAUUAGCCUCAAGACUUUGGUGCUAUUUUCUCUCUGUGGUCUUCUCAGUGGUCCUGCUGCUCUUCUUGAGUCUGAGCUGCCCUGACCGGAGUCAUGCAAACCAAUAUUGGAUAAGCAUAGUUCAAUGUGUGUUCAUGUUAAAAUGUGUUGUAGAGUUUAUUGAAGGAGUUUUCUGCAGCUGUCAGUUCAUGGUUCUAAAAACACCUCCAGUAAUGUUCAAUCAUCUGCAGCCAGGGUUUGUUUUACUAAAUGUUCAACCUUAGAGUUUUAUCAUUUUGACUCUUUUACACCAAUCAAACUUAUUUCCAUUCUUGCAACCGAUGCAUGAGCGAGCAGCAGUCUUGGAUUAAUCCAGUUCAGGUCCACAAGAUGCUUAUUUUCAGAUCUUUACUUUUAAUUUUGAGCCUUUUUUUUUUAAAAAGGAAGGAAAAAGCAUAAUUUUGAGACUUGCCUAAAUUCAUUUUGAAAGCAUAGGUAGCCUCAAGACUGCAGCUAAGCUAACACCAAGCUAAGCAAAUCUUUAAUGAGUCUGAAAUGUCCUAAAGCAGCCACCGUACGAGGAGCUGCAAGUCUUGAUUCUUUGCUUCACAAUUUAAAAAAGUCUGUGAAUUUUCAUUGGCGGGAUAUCAAAGUCCAUCUUUGGGUGAAGCAAACAGAACAUUUCUACAAAUUGAUAAUCAUUAAUAUUUUCCCAGUAACACCAACGCUGCUGCGAACAGUUCUGUGCCUCAAAUUUAACAUUUGACACCGUUCAAAGUCGCUCAAUAAUCCUAGAAUCUGUCUUCAAGGGCAGCUUCUUUCAGCCGUUUGAACUCAAAGCCACUAUCACUAUCACUGCUUCUUCUUUCCUCCUUUAAAAAGUUUCCACACAUCUGAUGAGACAUUUUUUUAAACAACUGCACCUUUUACUUUCCUGUAGUAUUCUCAUUUUUCCCAGGGGAGGGGUGGGGGGCGUGUGAAUGUGACGUCCGGCGGUGCAGCGAUUCGUACGAGUAAUCUUCAUCUUUGUGUAUCCUAACCUUGUGUUGAGUGAAUGUAGUCCAGUUAUUUUUGUAAGCACUGUAAUUCCCUGUAGAGCUGAAGAGUAAUGUGUGCGUAGGGGUUUCAUUCUGUAACUACUGUCAUAGUAAACCAGAGACUAAUAUGUACAUAAUGUAUAAGUGGUAAUAGUGAUGCAUCUAUUGUAAAUAUCAUACAAUUUUUCUGACAUUGUAUGUUUUUUUUUUCUUGAUGCAGUGCUGAAACACUUUUUGUGCAGGAUCUCACAUCUGUAGAAUCAUGCAUUAAAAAGUGGCAAAACAUGA